GGCCGGAGAUCAACAUUGGGUGAGCAUCAAUAUCAAUGCUUUAUCACUCUUUACUACCAUGAUCGAAGUGGCGCCUCCUGAUUCUUAUGCUUCAAGCAUUGACACUGGCACCAGCGACUCACAAGCAAGCCAAUAUACGUUAUCAAUGACGCUUGUGCCCAACGAGAAGAAAAUCAUCGGGGAUGAAGGCACCCUCAUUGAAAUACCUCCGCCUAGCUUGAAAUAGGUAUCUCUUCGCCAUGUAGGCUUACUGUAAAGAACAUGAAGAUUUCGACCUAUCCAUAUCGUCCUUCAAGGGACCUAGGAUAUAAAUACGAAGCUGGAAGAUACUAUCAGGUGAGUCUUGCCAGGCCGUGCUUUGCCAUAGCUUAAAUUUGAAUAGGACAUGCUGCGACGGUGGAACUUUGGUAUCAGGAAGUCUUCCAAGCCGCUCGUGUCGACUUGGGAGGAACCAAAAGAUUUGUCACGACGGUCAUCAGUGCGAACAUGGUGUCCAG